AAUUUUUUAUUUUCAAACCAAGCCAAGUUGAACUCUGUAUAUUUUUUUUUUAAUCUGAAAGUGUAUAAUGAUUGAUUAAAACUCAGCCUUGAUAUAUUAUCUAAAGCACCCUUGAUAAACUUGGAUUCAAUUUCAGUUAAACACAAUGCACAACACAUUAAUUAUUGUCUCUCUGUCAGUCCUCACCAAUUUUAUUGGUGUAAACAGUUUUCAGUGUAGAAUCGAAAAUGGAAAACCAGUCGAUUGGUAUGUCAUGUACAAACUACCAAAGAUCACUAAACCGAAGUCCCUGUUUGGCGAUGGCUAUCACUAUAUGUAUAUGACAUCAGAAAUAAACACUUGGCAGUUUUCAAAACAAUUAAUUAACAGUAACAAAUCCAUUUUAGCAUGGACACUUAAAGAAUUCUAUACAAGCAAACCUAGAGGAUUUUGGCUCAGUUAUAAUGAUCAGAGUGCCCAUGUCACGUUAACAGAGGGUCACACAAAAGGUGUAAUCGGUGCUGACAAAGAAACAGGGUUUUGGCUGAUCCACAGUAUACCUCAUUUUCCCAAUUUCAACAAUUUCACAUAUUCUUAUCCACAGACGGGUAGGAGGAAUGGACAGAGUGUGCUAUGUGUGACUUUCAAUUCUUCUGAAAUGGACAAAAUUGGAAAUCUUCUUGAAUACAACAGACCCUCCAUUUGGAGAAAAGUAUUACCAGCUGAUUUAGCUACAUUGUACCCAAACCUCUAUUCAGCUGCAAAAGGAGAAACUGUUAAAAAAGCGCCUUGGUACACGAUAAUUGAGCUCAAAUCCAAAAAUGGCUUCAAUCUUACUGCUUUUGCCAAAUCAGAACAGUUUGGAAAAGAUUUGUACGAUCUUGUUGCUCAAUCAGAGAAGGCUGAUGUGAAUACAGAAACUUGGCAGAACGAGCCUAGCCCCUUGCCUCCAUUUUGCUCAUUGACAUACAAGGUUUUUAAUAUCAGGAGCAUUAGGAUUGCAGAAAUAAACAUGACUUUCAAAUCGCACAAGGACCACUCUAAACUGGCAAUAUCUGCCGUUCCCUCUAAACCAUUUGUCUGCAUUGGGGACAUCAACCGAGCGUUACAUCAGGAGAAGAGAGGAGGUGGCACGAUGUGUCUUACGAGCAAGCAACACUGGACUUCUUACUCAAAGCUUAUAAACACAAAGGAUACUUGUUAAAAACAUGAUUGUUGCACAAAAAAUUUUUAUUGAAUAAUUUAACAAUAAAAACAUUGAACAUA